UUAUUCGGACUGGGCAAUCACAAAAAAUCAAGAUUGAUGUGGAUGGCGAAUUAGAAAAAUUUGCAUCAUAUCCCGAUCCUUUAGAUAGAAUAAAAAUAUCUCUUGGACAGAAAUCGUUUGAUGGUUUUAUCGCUAAUACAUAUCUUUAUUCAUGGCAGAAGUCAACUGAAGUUACACAUAAAAAAGACGAGAUUUAUUUAUAUAUUAAAAAUACUCUUCGAAUUGCUAUAAAAGAAAUAACUAGAUUAAAUCUUUCAAAAGAUGAUCUUCUUGUAGCCGAUUCCUCAAAUGAGUCUAAGUGGAAACUUCUUCCAGAAAGAAUGCAUCCUUUUAUUGAUGAAAAAGUAAACAAAGAUCUCUAUUGCUUUCGACUAGUGGGAAGUCAUAAAGCCAAAGACUCUUCACGCAUUAA